AUGCACGCAAAGACAGAUUCCGAGGCGACCAGUUUCGCCCCAUCGUCGCCGGACCGUAAUCGCCGGCCGAUUUACUUCGUGCAGAGCCCGUCGCGGCACUCGCACGACGGGGAGAAGAUGGGGACGUCGUACAUGUCGACGCCGGCGCCGAGCAGCCCGGAGGAGUCGCCGCAGCUUUAUCAGACGUACGGCGUCAACCACUCCCGGGAAUCGUCGACGAGCCGGAGGUCGAGCAAGGUGUCCCCAAACGACGUCGGAUUGCCUGGCGGCGGUUAUAUUAGGGGCGGGCUGCAGAACUGGAAGGAGUUCGAUCUCGUCGGAGAAGAUGAAGAAGGGCUUCUAGAAGAUUCGGAGGAGUCCCGGAAGGGGACGUCCCUUCGCUGCUUUUUUCUGUCCUUCGUCGUCGGCUUCGUCCUGCUCUUCUCCGUAUUUGCUCUCAUUCUUUGGGGCGUCAGCAAACCACAAAAACCUAAGAUUGCUAUGCGGAGUAUUAAAUUCGAUAGGGUUACAGUUCAGGCUGGUUCGGACGACACGGGCGUGUCGACUGAUAUGAUCUCCAUCAACGCCACGGCGGUUUUCAGUUUCCAGAACACGGCCAAUUUCUUCGGCGUUCAUGUCGCCGCCGCGCCGUUAACUCUCUCCUACUCGCAGCUCCGCAUCGGCGCCGGAGCAAUGGAAGAAUUUUAUCAGAGGAGGAGCGGCGGGAGGAACGUGACGGUGGUGGUGACCGGAGACAAGAUUCCGAUGUACGGAAACGGCGCCCAUCUGAUGAAGCGUAACGGAGUGACGGCGGCGCCGGUGCCUCUGAAACUGGAGUUGACGAUCCGAUCUAGGGCUUAUGUUCUUGGAAAUUUGGUGAAGACGAGAUUCGAGCAGAGGAUUGAGUGCUUGAUCGCCUUCGAUUCGAGGAAAUUUAAUGUCACAAUUCCUCUGUCCAAAUCUUGCACAUAUCUAUGACCACUUGGAUCAGUUUUGCUUACAAUAACCAAACCAUAAACAUCUUCGUAUAGGAUUUGGGAUUGAACGUCUAAUUUGCAGAGAAUAUGUCUUAAAUAAAAAAUAUCUCUUUGGUUAUAAUGAAAUUGGUAAAAACACAAUACACUCCUAAAUUCAUAU